AUGAAGCCGGUCAACACAUCUGGUCUCCAGUGCGUCCUCGGGCCGUGUACAUGGCACCCACCUUACGUUGUGUCCCCGGUUCGCCAGCACAGCCCAGUGCGGCUAAUUUCACCUCGCAGCACUGGCCUGGCUACGGAGAUUAAACCAGUACUCGAUGCGGUACCACGUACCAGGCCUAACUGUGUGCCUCAGCAGAUACAAAAACAAACACAUGUAACCGUCUCUUGUCUCUGUGCAGUUGUUGGGGUAGCAAAGGAGAUUGACUGGUAUUCGCCGAGCGGGGAGAAGAUAGAGCCCAACAAACCAGAGAUCACCGUAACCCGAAACGACGAGUCCUCGUCCACCCUCACGCUCUACAAGGCCGGGGUGGACAGUGCUGGYACCUACAAGUGUCUGGCCACCAACGGAGACCAGUCAGCAGAAGCCACCGUCAACGUCAAGUUCUACCAAAGGAUCAUCUUCAAGAACGCSCCCUCCCCCCAYGAGUUCAAUGAAGGGGACAACGCCAACAUCAUCUGUGACGUCAUCAGCUCCCCUCCCCCCACCAUCAUCUGGAAACACAAAGGAGCGAAGAUUCAGAUGGAGAAGGAUGAAAUCCCAUUUGAAGGAAUCAGGAUUCCCUGCUUUGUGGAAAACCUGGCCAGUGUUCUUCUGGAGUCAGGAGACAAGUACAGCUUUAAUGAGGACGGUUCAGAGAUGACCAUCAUGGAGGUGGCCAAGCUGGAUGAGGGAGAGUACACCUGCAUCGCUAAGAACAAGGCUGGGGAGAGCGAACAGGAAGUCAGCCUUAGAGUGUUUGUGAAACCUAAGAUCACCUUCCUGCUGAACCAGAGCACGUCUGAGAUGGAGGAGCAGGUGACUCUGACCUGUGAGGCUUCAGGGGACCCCACCCCCACCAUCAACUGGAGCUUUGGCCUGCGCCCCUUCACUGAGGGAGAGCAGGUGAGUUGUCUGUGUUCUAUGAAACCAUUGUGUAGAAAACAGAGAUAUUUUCAUUUUCUAACAGUAUGUCCACAUGCAUUCAGCUGUCUAACUGUGGUGCUGUAUGUUCCUAGUGAGUCAUGCUGUGUCUGUACUGUAGAUAUAGACGGGGAGUCUGCCCUCUCCACGGGCAUCAUGGCAGGGAUCCUCAUCUUGGCCUUCGUCCUGCUGCUCCUGGCUGUGGACGUCACCUGCUACUUCACAAACAAGUGUGGCCUCAUCAUGUGUCUGUGUGGCAAGCCAGGCAGCGGGGCCAAGGGACACAACCUAGAACAGGGCAAGGCCGCAUUCAUAAAGGACGAGUCCAAAGAGCCGAUAGUGGAAGUGAGGACAGAGGAUGAGUGCACAGCCAAUCACAAUGCAGGAGGACCCACAGAACCCAAUGAGACCACACCCCUUACAGAGCCAGAGCUGGCCGCUCACACUGCUGCCCUGGCUCUGGACACCCUCUCGUCUGUAGCCACCAUCUCUGACACAGCCAACACAACCUAUGACCCCACCCAGGACAGCCCCUCUAGUGAGAGCACCGCUCUCAACUGUAGCCUGUCUGCCCUCGCUACUGACCCCCUGCCUGCCCCCGCCCCGGCACCCACCCCAGAGUCCAACACAGCCCCCCCAACCCCCUUCAUCUCCACCUCUGACAUUACAGCUAGAGUAGCCCCCCUGUUAGACCUUCUAGGAGACAGCUCUCCUAGAGCAGAGGACAAAAUGUCUGCCACUGCUGUUAGUGCCACAGAUAGCCCUAAAUCUCCUAAAAAGUCCCCUAUUCCAAUACCACCUAGACGUCGAAACUCUAACAGACCUGCUCCUUCUCCUCCCACUCCCAAGAGCCCCACACCUACCCACUCCACCACCGUGGCCCCCAGGAAAUCUGCCCCAGACAGUCCCUCUCUUGCCCCCUCCACUGCCUCUCCUACCCAAAACACCAGGAAAGCUGCUCCUAUUGCCCCAGACAGCCCCUCUCCUGCUCCUACGGCAUUCACUUUCCCAGCCUCUGACACCUCCACCGAUAAACCUGCACCUACUGCCACCGGCACUGUUACCCCUGUCCCUGGUACCCCUACUGUCCUGGGCGCUAGUACACCAGCCCCUGACCCUGACAAACCAAACUCUACUACCAAAGACACUCACACUCCUGCCCCUAAUAUAGACCCCACUACCACUCCCACAUCUGGCCCUAAUAUAGACCCCACUACCACUCCCACAUCUGUCUCUAGUGCUCAUACUACUGCCUUCAAUGCUGAUGUAACUGCUGCUAUCGUACAUGAGAACACAACCAAAUCUGCCCUUGUUUUCCCAGACAUUCUCAUUCCUACUCCUGCUCCCACAAGUGCCCCCACACCUGCCCCUAAUGCUCCCACUGCUCCGAGCUUUGCCACACCUGCUGCCCCCACGGUCACUAUCACACCUGCCUCUACUACCUACGACACCCCAACACCCACUCUGACCCCCCACAUACCCAUCACCACAGAGCCCCAAGCCCCAGAGAUAGAGUUUGAGUUGACCAAUGGGGUGGCGACUAAGAGCCCCUCCCUGCCAGCAGGGCCCACUAGGUUUCAGAGUAGUCCCACUCCCUCCCCUGCCCCUGUCCCUUCCUCCUCCUCCUUCCAGGCUAACGGAGACGGGUUCGGGGCAGACCUCCAGGCCUCAGGCCCUCCUGCUCUGGAGGAGUUAGACAGUCUGGCCAAGGCUGCUCCACUCAACGACGAGAAGAUAUUUGGAGGUGAGAAGAGUAAAGCGGAGGAGGUGAAGACAGCCCUGUCAGAGGUGACCACAGAACACAACAAUGUCACACAGACAAACGCCAGCGACAGCAAAGCAUGAUUGGGCAGCCUCAGCCCAUCCAAGAUGGCGGCGGCAGCAACACUCAUUACAGUCUGCAGCAGUUUUUCUUUCCAGUGCCCUUACUGCAUUUCCAGAACAACAACAUGUGUCUGUGCAAUAGAGUUCAUUAGAGCACGAUCUGAUUGUGCAAACAUUUUUAUUCUCACGUAUGAUUUGUUUCGCUACACAAAUGAAUACCAUUUGAGUGAUUUCAAGUGGUAUAGGAGACAAAAUUCUAGUUUUUACAACUACUCAGAGUUCUAAUUGUUUUCAGUGCGGAUAAACAAUGGAUUAUUCAGGAACAUAACACUGAAUGUACAAAACAUUAGGAAUAUCUUCCUAAUAUUGAGUUACACCCCCCUUUGCCCUCAGAAUAGCCUCAA